AUAAAUCGUGCUACUGUGACUGCGGAUUCGCAUCUCCAUUUAAGUCCGGGAUUUCGUCAAAGCUUCAUCUUGGCAGCCCAAGAGAGGGAAUAUAACUGUAAAGCCUCCUCAGAGGUUUCUUCUAAAUGAUCUUUGGAGGGCGCCGCUGAAAUAGAACCCGCCUUGUUUUCUAGCCUUCAUUAUGAACCGCGUGUAGGAAAGGAACCCGGAAGUGUUUAUUGCUGGAGAUCGACCAGACGGGAAAGAUAUUUAGAGGCGUCAUGGCGGAUCCUACGGAGGAGCUCGCCAAGCUCGAGUAUCUGUCGCUCGUUUCCAAAGUUUGCACUGAGCUCGACAACCAUCUGGGCAUCAACGACAAGGAUCUAGCCGAAUUUGUGAUAAAUCUUGCAGAGAGAAAUACAAACUUCGAUACUUUCAAAACAGCUCUGGUGAAGAAUGGUGCUGAGUUCACAGAUUCCCUCAUCAGCAAUCUGCUCCGUCUUAUACAGACAAUGCGGCCUCCUGCAAAAGCUUCCACUAGCAAAGAUAUUAUUAAACCAAAAACAGAAAAAGACAAGCUGAAGGAGUUGUUUCCAGCCUUGUGUCGGCCAGAUAAUCCCAUGGUGAGGACAAUGUUGGAUGAAGAUGAUGUGAAAGUGGCUGCCGAUGCUCUCCAAGAGCUAGAAGCUUUAAUGCCGUCUGCAGGCAGGCAGGAAAAACACCGGAAUAAGGAGGAUCAAGCCAGGAAAAAGCAUAGGAGUCGCAGUCGUAGUAGAGAUCGAAAGCGGAAACGAAAAUCAUUCUCUCACUCCCGGACAAGGGAACGACAUAAGGGUAAAUCCAGAUACCGUUCCAGGAGCAGAAGUCCUAGCUGGGACCGCAAAGAAAGAGAGAGAGCUGGAGAGAAAAGCAGUGAAAGAUGGAGGGAUAAGCAUGUGGAUCGUCCUCCACCCGAAGAGCCUUCCAUUGGUGAUAUCUACAAUGGCAAAGUUACCAGCAUUAUGCAGUUUGGGUGUUUUGUUCAGCUUGAAGGACUUAGGAAACGCUGGGAAGGACUGGUCCACAUCUCGGAAUUACGUAGGGAAGGAAGAGUUGCUAAUGUGGCUGAUGUAGUGAGCAAGGGCCAGCGGGUCAAGGUCAAAGUACUCUCCUUCACUGGCUCAAAAACUAGCCUUAGCAUGAAAGAUGUAGACCAAGAGACAGGAGAAGAUUUGAACCCAAACAGACGUCGCAACCUCAUUGGAGAGUCUGAAGAGACAGCCAUGAGAAAUCCAGACAGACCCACUCACUUAUCCUUAGUCAGUGCUCCUGAAGUAGAAGAUGACACACUAGAACGAAAGCGUCUCACUCGUAUUUCAGAUCCAGAAAAAUGGGAAAUUAAGCAGAUGAUUGCUGCUAACGUGCUUUCCAAGGAGGAGUUUCCUGACUUUGAUGAAGAAACUGGAAUCUUGCCAAAGGUUGAUGAUGAGGAAGAUGAGGAUCUGGAAAUUGAGUUGGUAGAGGAGGAACCACCAUUUUUGCGAGGUCAUACAAAGCAGAGCAUGGACAUGAGCCCCAUUAAAAUUGUGAAGAAUCCUGAUGGCUCCCUGUCUCAAGCAGCCAUGAUGCAAAGUGCACUUGCUAAAGAGAGGCGAGAACUAAAGCAAGCCCAGCGGGAAGCAGAGAUGGAUUCUAUUCCCAUGGGGCUCAACAAACACUGGGUGGAUCCCCUUCCAGAUGUGGAUGGAAGGCAAAUUGCAGCCAACAUGCGGGGUAUUGGUAUGAUGCCCAAUGACAUACCUGAAUGGAAGAAGCAUGCUUUUGGAGGCAACAAGGCUUCUUAUGGCAAAAAGACACAGCUGUCAAUAAUUGAACAGCGAGAAAGUCUCCCAAUUUUUCGUCUGAAAGAUCAACUCAUCCAGGCAGUCCAUGAUAACCAGAUUCUGAUUGUUAUUGGUGAGACUGGCUCUGGGAAAACUACACAAAUCACACAGUACCUUGCUGAAGCUGGCUACACCACUCGUGGGAAGAUUGGCUGCACUCAGCCUCGUCGAGUGGCUGCCAUGUCUGUUGCUAAGAGGGUUUCAGAAGAAUUUGGUUGUUGUCUAGGACAAGAGGUUGGCUAUACUAUCCGAUUUGAGGAUUGCACUAGUCCUGAAACUGUGAUCAAAUACAUGACAGAUGGAAUGCUACUUCGCGAAUGCCUCAUUGAUCCGGAUCUGACACAGUAUGCAAUCAUAAUGUUGGAUGAAGCCCAUGAACGUACUAUACAUACUGAUGUACUCUUUGGUCUCCUGAAAAAGACCGUUCAGAAGAGACAAGACAUGAAAUUAAUAGUGACUUCAGCUACACUGGAUGCAGUUAAAUUCUCUCAGUAUUUCUAUGAGGCCCCUAUCUUUACCAUUCCUGGUAGGACCUACCCAGUCGAGAUUCUUUACACCAAGGAACCUGAGACAGAUUACUUAGAUGCCAGCCUGAUUACAGUCAUGCAGAUCCACUUGACAGAACCUCCAGGAGACAUCUUGGUAUUCUUGACUGGCCAGGAAGAGAUUGAUACAGCUUGUGAAAUUCUCUAUGAGCGAAUGAAGUCCCUCGGCCCAGAUGUUCCUGAGCUGAUAAUCUUGCCUGUUUAUUCAGCAUUGCCUAGUGAGAUGCAGACACGGAUCUUUGAUCCAGCUCCCCCGGGAAGUCGAAAGGUGGUCAUUGCCACAAAUAUUGCUGAAACUUCACUUACAAUUGAUGGUAUCUAUUAUGUAGUUGAUCCAGGUUUUGUAAAGCAGAAAGUGUACAACUCCAAAACAGGGAUUGACCAGCUGGUUGUGACACCAAUUUCUCAGGCUCAAGCUAAGCAACGAGCUGGAAGAGCUGGAAGAACAGGCCCGGGCAAGUGCUACCGACUCUACACAGAGCGAGCCUACCGUGAUGAGAUGCUGACCACCAAUGUGCCUGAGAUUCAGAGAACUAAUCUGGCCAGCACUGUAUUAUCUCUCAAGGCUAUGGGUAUCAAUGAUUUGCUGUCUUUCGAUUUUAUGGAUGCCCCCCCAAUGGAAACUCUGAUCACUGCAAUGGAGCAACUAUAUACUCUGGGAGCUUUGGAUGAUGAAGGGCUGCUCACUCGACUCGGACGCAGGAUGGCAGAGUUCCCACUGGAGCCUAUGCUUUGCAAGAUGCUCAUUAUGUCAGUGCACCUAGGUUGCAGCGAGGAAAUGCUCACUAUUGUCUCAAUGCUGUCUGUGCAAAAUGUUUUCUAUCGACCUAAGGACAAGCAAGCUCUUGCUGACCAGAAGAAAGCUAAGUUCCACCAAACUGAAGGAGAUCACCUCACACUUUUGGCUGUUUACAACUCCUGGAAGAACAACAAGUUCUCCAAUCCCUGGUGCUAUGAAAAUUUUAUCCAAGCCCGCUCACUGCGUCGUGCCCAGGAUAUUCGUAAGCAGAUGCUGGGAAUAAUGGAUAGGCACAAGUUAGAUGUGGUAUCUUGUGGAAAAGCAACAGUACGAGUCCAGAAAGCCAUUUGCAGUGGUUUCUUCCGGAAUGCAGCCAAAAAGGACCCACAAGAAGGCUACCGGACCUUGAUUGAUCAGCAAGUGGUCUAUAUCCAUCCCUCAAGUGCCCUCUUCAACCGUCAGCCUGAAUGGGUGGUGUACCAUGAGCUUGUCCUCACAACCAAAGAGUAUAUGAGAGAGGUUACCACCAUAGAUCCCCGCUGGCUUGUGGAGUUUGCCCCAGCCUUUUUCAAGGUUUCUGAUCCCACAAAGCUAAGCAAGCAAAAGAAGCAGCAGCGCCUGGAGCCUCUUUACAAUCGCUAUGAAGAGCCCAAUGCCUGGAGGAUAUCACGGGCAUUCAGGCGUCGAUAAACCAUAUCUUUAUGUGGCAUAAACUGUUUGAUAUCUCUAUACCACAAACUCUGAUUUAAGGCGUAUUUGGACAUGUAUUGUCGCUUUUCUUAAGUUUCAAGGCAAGAGAUAAACCAGCGAAAUGCAGCACUUGAAAGGCAACUAACUACCUUCAUCUAAUUGAUAUCAUUGUCAAUUUCAGAGAUUUCACUUAUUGUUCCACAGACUUUUUCCUUCUAUUUCUAUGCUGUCCAUGGAUCAAACGUUAUCAAACAUCUUGGUUAAUAAAUUAAUGUUUCAGUGUUAAUUUGUGCACUUUGGAACCUAAUUAUCAUUGGCCCUGAUUAUAGUGGAAAUGAGAAAAAUGCCCGUUUCUGCAUAUAAGGAAGCCAUUUUUCAGAGGUGAUAACACUGAGUACCUUUUUCUUAACCUAAGCAGACCAUUUAGGGGGUGGAGGAUUGUUGGUGUAAUGUACACUAACCUAAAAAUGUUAAUUGACAUCAUUAUUGCAUUAAAGUAAUAUUCCUCUAUUUUAUCAA